AUGGGUUCCGUUGGCAAAGAUUAUCCUCAAGAGCUUCCUCUGCGGGGCAAGACCGGCACUGCAGCCUUUGGCAGCUCUAUGAAGAACGAUUUCAUGCUUGAUCCGGAAUGGAGGAAUAUGAACCAUGGAUCCUUUGGUACUUAUCCCAAAGCUGUCCAGACUAAAUUCCGCGAGUAUCAGGAUGCGAGUGAGGCUCGUCCUGAUCCAUUCAUUCGAUAUGAAUAUCCCAAACUUCUCGAUGAAAGCCGUGCUGCCGUCGCAAAGAUCAUCAACGCUCCCCUCGACACAGUUGUGUUCGUUCCCAACGCCACAACAGGUGUAAACACCGUCUUUCGGAACUUGAAAUGGAACGAGGACGGCAAAGAUGUCAUCAUCAGCUUCUCGACCAUUUACGAAGCCUGCGGUAAAGUCGCAGACUAUCUUGUGGAUUACUACGAUGAAAAGGUGACUCAUCGCGAGGUCCAGCUCGAGUAUCCUCUCGAUGAUGCUGAGAUCAUCAAGAAAUUUGAGGACGCUGUCAAGAAGAUCGAGGACGAUGGAAAGCGUGCUAGAAUCUGCACGUUUGAUGUCGUGUCUUCUCGACCGGGCGUCGUCUUUCCCUGGGAGGAAAUGAUCAAGACGUGUCGAAAGCUCAACGUUCUGAGCAUGGUUGACGGCGCGCAGGGAGUCGGUAUGGUGAAGCUUGACAUGAAAUCUGCAGAUCCCGAUUUUUUUGUGUCAAACUGCCAUAAAUGGCUUCACGUUCCCCGCGGCUGCGCCGUCUUCUACGUGCCCCUUCGCAACCAGGAACUCCUCCCGACGACACUCGCAACCAGCCACGGCUACAUUCCCAAGCGGGUGCAGCGCAUCACACCUCUCCCUCCAAGCAAGAAGUCGCGCUUCGUGACCAAUUUUGAGUUUGUCGGUACGCUGGAUAACUCACCUUAUCUGUGCGUCAAGGAUGCUAUCAAAUGGCGUGAGGAAGCACUCGGCGGCGAAGAUGCGAUUCUGGAGUAUCUCUGGGACCUAAACAAGAAAGGAAGCGAGCUCGUUGCCAAGAAGCUGGGUACUACAUACAUGGAGAACAGCACGGGGACGAUGCGAAACUGCGCCAUGGCUAACAUUGCGUUGCCUGUGUGGAGUGCUAAAGAAGGAAAGGAGGGCGAGUUUGUGGUUUCGGCUGAGGAGACGCAGACUGCGUUUCAGUGGAUUUUGAAUACGCUCAUUGGCGACUACAAGACGUUUGUUGCGCUGUUUCUGCACGGAGGGAGGUUUUGGAUCAGGACGAGUGCGCAGGUGUAUCUGGGCAUUGAGGAUUAUGAGUGGUUGGGUGGUGUUUUGAAGGAGCUUUGUGAGAGGGUUGCUAAGAAGGAGUAUCUCAAGUAG